AUGGUCAGCCUUAGGCACACUAUUGAACUAAAUCUCCCUCAGGUCCCAUAUACAUCAUUUACCUUCAACUCCAUAUGGACCUUUCUUAAGCCUGUGGCUGAAACUCUAUCCUUGAACAACAGAGGAAAGGGGGAAGAAUGGCAGGACUCUUUGCUGGACUAUAAGACAAAGGAAUCAAAUCAACACCAAACUAAAACAAAGAGAAAAACAAUUAAGGUCCUCCUAGAAAACCAAUACCUUUAUUCAGACAGAGUCCUCCUCCUGCAAUACGUAGAUGACUUACUAAUUGCUGCUGUGGGUCUGAUCCCUUGUCUCAAAAACAAGGGGAGACUUAGCGUGUGGGUACUGCCAGGGCACAGCACCCCGAGCAAGGGGCACCGGGGUCCUGCGAGGGACACGGGGUCCAGAAGAAGAGGACAAGGCGGAUCACCAGCAUGCAGAGGGCGCUACAAGGCUGUGAGAGCUAACUCCCUGGACGAUCAGCAGGAGGCACUGCAGGGAUACACCAAAGAUUCACAGCCUUUUCUGCUGGAUGCCCCUGUCCACUCCUUACAGCCUGGUGACUCCGUUCUCAUUCGGACCUGGAAGGAUGAGCCUCUCCAUGAGAAGAGGAAGGGACCCCACACCGUCCUGCUGGUCUCACACAUGGCAGCAAAAGUCAAAGGACACAAGAACUGGAUUCAUCACUCUCAACUGAAAGCAGUACACACUCCUGAACAGUGGACUGUCCAGCCUGCAGAAAAGACUGCCAGCAACGAUUUGGGACUUAAGCUGUUAUUCAAAAGACAGUAAGAGUAGCUGGGAAUGCCUGGUGAUCUCUUUGAACAGCCAAAGCGCACUCCCAGCGAGAACCCUGAGCAUUGGUUCGAUCUAUUCACAGAAGGCCGACCUAGCCUAUGGUCCUGGUCCUUUUAUUUUUUUAUUUGUUUGGUGUCAGUGAUUCUUAUCUUCUGGGCAUUUGGGUUGUUGUAAUUACAAUAUGGGUUCAGGUUUAAGGUCUCUCACAACAUUCCAUUUUGUCACAGAAGCAAUCCUUCUGUUACCUGUUUCACCCACAUAGCAUGCAGGAUGGGGAGCCAUCCCUGCAGACAUGGCUACCAAUACCAAUGAGGCCCUGAAAAUUGCCUUUGCCCCUGAGUUCAAUCUCUCCACUGUUGAAUAUGUGUCCAGACUCCCCACCAUUCGACUGGAUUGCGCUGGAGAGUAGUUCCCCAAAAUUGGUCAGUCUUUUGUCAAAGGUGGAUGGUUACCAGCAGCAGCACCUCUGACAAUUUAAGUUUGCGAUCCAACUGUACUGCGGAAGCUCCUUAUGGCCUACACAAUAGCUCUUGGAAUUCCCACUAUAGUAGCACUCUUAAGCCCCAGCCCAUUCCUCUACGCUCUCCACCCACUGGUCUCAUAUGUUUUCGGCAAGCCAGUACAAGUAAUCAUACCUGGUUUGCCAGCGUUAGUAAAUGUAGAUUUUAUAUUGGUCCUGGUAUAAGUCUCACUGUUCCUGUACUAAAUGCCACCGGUUGGCA